GGCGCCCUACUCACUGACAGCUGACGCUCACAGUAUUUCGGCCAUGCUCACCUCUGCUGCCGCACUGUAGCGGUAGUGUAGUUGUUAGUUGACUUUGAGGUCUAUUCAAAAAGUGUAUAAAAGCCGCUUCAUAUAACCGCGUUGCCAUGGGUAAGCGCGUAGCUGUGGUGCUGGCAGGCUGCGGGGUCUUUGAUGGAAGUGAAAUUCAUGAGGCGUCCGCUGUUUUGGUCCAUCUUAGCAGAGGAGGUGCAAGUGUCAAGAUCUUUGCCCCCAACAUUGACCAGAUGGAUGUGGUGGAUCACCUGAAGGGAGCCCCGUCUGAGGAGAAGCGAAAUGUGCUCGUGGAGAGUGCAAGGCUGGCACGAGGCGAUAUCCAGGAACUGUCCAAACUCAGUGUCCAAGACUUUGAUGCUAUUGUUUUACCAGGCGGCUUCGGGGCAGCGAAGAACCUGUGUACCUGGGCUGUGCAGGGGAAAGACUGCUCUGUUAAUGAGGAGGUGAAGGCGGCGCUGCAGGCGUUCCACAGCCAGGGCAAACCCAUAGGCCUCUGCUGCAUCUCACCUGUUCUGGCUGCCAAGGUGUUUCCUGGGUGUGAGGUCACUGUGGGACUAGAGAAGGACGAUAAGUAUCCAAACACUGCAGGCACUGCAGAGGCCAUCACUCAGCUGGGCUGCAAGCAUGUGAACAAGAGUGUCAGCGAGAGCCACGUGGACGAGAAGAACAAGGUGGUCACCACCUGUGCCUUUAUGUGCAAUGCCCCGCUCCAUGAGAUAUUUGAUGGCAUUGGAGCGAUGGUGCAGGAUGUCCUGAAGCUUGCUUGAUUCUCUCGAGACUCAAAAGAUGUUUGAAGCAGAAAAACAGAAGAACUGUAGUUAUUGUUUUUUUUUUUUUUCCAAGCGCUAAAAGUUUAAUGUACUCUUCUGUAGAUGCCCAGUGAACUGUGGAGAUAGUCAUUAGGUACUUAGAUGGAAUUGUGUUACAGUAGUUCCUUGCUGUAAAGCAGUAUCAGAUACUCAUGCAAAAUGUAUUUAUUGGGUACAGAUACUACUUGGCCUCUGUAUUUGCAUUUACAAGACAAGAAAUGCUCUUUUGAACUCCAUUUCACCUUUAUUAUAUUCUGAGGCAGAAGAACCACUGAACCACUGUUUUGUUAUAUGAAGCACAAUAAAAUGGCGUAUAUGCAGCAUAUUUAUUUAUUCUUGUAGAUUCUUUACACAAAAUUUACAAAAAAUUCACACAAAAGUAAGACACCUGCCACAAUAACUUUAUAAAAUAUAUUUCAAAAACUGAUGGUCAGCUGUACUAAUGAAAAUAACCACUUCUGCAAGAAUAAUGAGAGUAAUAUUGAUGCAUUCCCUAAAUGACUGACAUAAAAAGUGGCAUGCUUGCGACAAUGACUGAAUAAAAUGCAUUUAUUCUGA